AUCCAGCAGCCUAGAACUCAGGCUCUGAUUUUUUUUUUUUUACUUGCUUUUUGGUUGGCCAUCGCCAACUGUUUUGUGUUGACUCCGUUCCCCGCCAGUGCUGAUUUGUGCUCCAAGAUUAAGGAUUUUCCGCCGCUGCAACGACACCACCAUGCACGCCCAGGACAAAGGAGGAAUCCUGCCAGCGCUCUCACUUCUGCUGAUUGCUGUCGCCAUGGUCAGCCCAUCGCAGGCCGCCUACAAGCUGCAGGAGCGCUACAGCUGGAACCAGCUGGACUUUGCCUUCCCCAGUGCCAGGCUCAAGGAGCAGGCCCUGGCCAGCGGCGACUACAUACCCACGAAUGCCCUGCCCGUCGGUGUCGAGCACUUUGGCAAUCGCCUCUUUGUCACCGUUCCCCGCUGGCGAGAUGGAAUUCCGGCUACGCUGACCUACAUCAACAUGGACCACAGUGUGACGGGCUCCCCGGAACUGAUUCCAUACCCGGACUGGCGGGCGAACACGGCCGGGGACUGCGCCAACAGCAUCACCACCGCCUACCGCAUCAAGGUGGACGAGUGCGGCCGUCUGUGGGUGCUGGACACGGGCACUGUGGGCAUCGGCAACACCACCACCAAUCCCUGCCCCUACGCGAUCAACAUCUUCGAUCUGGCCACAGACACGCGCAUUCGGCGCUACGAGCUGCCCGCGGCAGACACCAACCCGAACACUUUCAUAGCCAACAUUGCCGUGGACAUUGGCAAGAGCUGUGACGAUGCAUUCGCCUACUUUGCGGACGAGCUGGGCUAUGGGCUGAUCUCUUACUCCUGGGAGCUGAACAAGUCGUGGCGCUUCUCCGCGCACUCCUACUUCUUCCCGGACCCACUGCGCGGCGACUUCAACGUGGCCGGCAUCAACUUCCAGUGGGGCGAGGAGGGAAUCUUCGGCAUGUCGCUGACUCCCAUACGCUCCGACGGCUACCGCACCCUCUACUUCAGUCCGUUGGCCAGCCAUCGCCAGUUUGCCGUGUCCACGCGCAUCCUGCGGGACGAGACGCGCACCGAGGACAGCUACCACGACUUUGUGGCGCUGGAUGAGCGCGGUCCCAAUGCCCACACCACGUCGCGCGUGAUGAGCGACGACGGCGUGGAGCUGUUCAAUCUGAUUGAUCAGAACGCCGUCGGCUGCUGGCACUCAUCGAUGCCCUACUCGCCGCAGUCCCAUGGCAUCGUCGACCGCGACGAUGUGGGCCUGGUCUUCCCCGCCGACAUCAAGAUCGAUGAGAACAAGAACGUGUGGGUGCUGUCCGAUCGGAUGCCGGUGUUCCUGCUUUCCGAUCUGGACUACUCGGACACCAACUUCCGCAUCUACACAGCCCCGCUGGCCACCCUCAUCGAGAACACCGUCUGCGAUCUGCGGAACAAUGCCUACGGCCCACCCAACACCGUGUCCAUUCCCAAGCAGGCGGCACCCGGCCACUCCGCUGUCGGACCGCCGCUCUACACGACCACCAACCAGUAUCGUCCCGUGCUCUCGCAGAAGCCGCAAACCAGCUGGGGCCCCUCGCUGCCCAGCCGCAACUAUCUGCCGGCCCUCAACGGCAAUCCUGGCAUUCCCGGCAGUCGCAACAAUCUCAACAAUCUCGGCGCUCCCGGCCAGGUGGUCUCCAGCGUGAGUGUCUCGACGAACACCGUCGGCCCCUCUGGCAUUGAGGUGCCCAAGGCCUAUGUGUUCAACCAGCACAAUGGCCUCAACUACGAGACCAGCGGGCCGCAUCUCUUCCCCACCCUACAGCCGGCACCCUCCCAGCUCGGGGGUGGACUCAAGACCUAUGUAAAUGCCCGACAGUCGGGCUGGUGGCACCACCAGCAGCAGGGCUAGGCCGGCGCCACAGUCAGAGGCGGUGACGGAGACCAACUCAACUCGAUUUUUGUGUAGGAUAUUUAGAGAACGGGAACAAAUGGAAUUCUUAAAGCCACACCACAAAGCACACGCACACACGCACACAGACACACACACUAGCAUGAUACUCGUCUGCAUGUAUGUGUACCUUCCACACACAU